AUGACGGGGCACAACAAGGAGAAGCAUUAUGAGUGCGACGUGUGUGGCAAGGCAUCGCAGACCCCGAGCGAGCUGGAGAAGCACCGGCGGGUGCACACGGGAGAACGCCCCUUCGAGUGCUCCACCUGCGGCAAGGGCUUUGCCCAGUCAUCAGGGCUGCUGCGUCACGGGCAGGUGCACAGCAGUGAGCGGCCCUUCACCUGCUCUGACUGCGGUAAAGGCUUUAAGUCGUCGCCGGACCUGAAGGCGCAUGGACGCCUGCACACCGGGGUGCACAGCAGUGAGCGGCCCUACACCUGCACUGACUGCGGCAAGGGCUUCACACGCUCCGACAGUCUGCUGGGUCACCGGCGCACACACACUGGCGAACGCCCCUACACCUGCGCACAGUGCGGCAAGGGCUUCACCCGCUCCACCUAUCUGCUGUCCCACCAGCAGGUGCACACCGGCGACCGUUUCUUUCCCAGGCCCUUCAGCUGCUCCGACUGCGGCAGGGACUUCACCCGCUACGAGAGUCUGCUGCGGCACAACCGCGUGCACACCGGCGAGAGGCCCUUUGGCUGCUCCGACUGUGACAAGAGAUUUGCCCGGUUGUGGGGGCUGCGGGUGCACCGGCGGGUGCACAGCAGUGAGCGGCCCUUCACCUGCUCCGACUGCGGCAAAGGCUUCAAGUCGUCACCAGAAUUGUUGAUGCACAGGCGCUUGCACACCGGCGAGCGUCCCUUCACCUGCGCCCAGUGCGGCAAGGGCUUCACCCAGUCCAGCAACCUGCUGUACCACCAGCGGGUGCACGCCGGCGACUGUCCCGUCCCCAGCCCGGUGUGAGGAGUGCGCUUUACCAUGGCCACCCACGCCCUGACUCACCAGCGCGUGCACACCAGUAACCAGCCCUACGACUGCCCGUACUGUGGUGAGACGUUUGACAGCUCCUGGGGGUUGCGGCAGCACCAGCGGGCUCACGCCCGCGAGCAACUGCUCCCACUGCGGCGAGCGUUUCAAAAGCCCACGGAGGCUGCUGGAGCACCAGCGGACACACACCGGAGAGAGACCCUUUGUGUGCACUGAGUAUGGCAAGGGUUUCACUCGCAUGUCCAGCCUGUGGCAGCACCGUCGUACCCACAGCGGUGAGCGUCCCUUCUGUGGUAAGGGCUUCACCCGCCUUGACCACCUGCUGGAGCACCGGCGAGUCCACACCGGCCAGCGCCCCUUCAGCUCUGUGGCAAGGCCUUUGCCCGCUCCUCCAGCCCUCUGGCACACUGUUUUCGGUAGAUACAAAAUGCCGGAAGGAAUGGGUAACGUUUCGGGUCGAGAUCCGCUUCAGUCUCGACCCGAAAUCUCACCCAUUCCUUCUCUCCAGAGAUGCUGCCUCUCCUGCUGAGUUACUCAAGCAUUUUGUGACCUUUUUUGUAAACCAGCAUCUGCAGUUACUUGUUUUAAACCAUUCUGGUUAACCAUCUUUGCACCUUCCCCGAAGCCUCCACAUCAGUCGUGUAAUGCAGUUACCAGAACUGUAUGCAAUACUCCAAAUGCCACUUGACCAAUGUCCCCUAAAGCUGCACAUAUACAUUUGUCUCUCCUUAUCUCACACCUUUUUAUUUCCUUAUUUUCUCUCGCCUCCGUCACUUCAGUCAUCUGCCGAUCACCCCUCAUCUUGUGUUAACAUAGUGUCAGUCUGAAGAAGGGUCCCGACCCGAAAUGUCACCUAUCCAUGUUCUCCACAGAUGCUGCCUGACCCGCUGAGUUACUCCAGCACUCUAUGAAACGUCAGCUAUCCAUGUUCUCCACAGAUGCUGCCUGACCCAUCGAGUUACUGCAGCACUUAGUGUUAGAGUCAUAGAGUGAUACAGUGUGGAAACAGGCCCUUCGGCCCAACUUGCCCACACUGACCAACAUGUCCCAGCUGCACUAGUCCCACCUGCCUGCGUUUGGUCCAUAUCCCUCCAAACUCGUCCUAUCCAUGUACCUGUCUGUUUCUUAAACGUUGGGAUAGUCCGAGCCUCAACUACCUCCUCUGGUUGCUUGUUUCAUACACCCACCACCCUUUAUGUGAAAAAGUUAUCCCUCAGAUUCCUAUUAAAUGUUUUCCCCUUCACUUUGAACCCAUGUCCUCGAUUCCCCCACUCUGGGCAAGAGAGUCUGUGCAUCUAACUAAAUUGUGUUCCAUGCAAGAUUCCAGCAUCUGCAGUUUCUUGUGUCUCCCUCACCUAUAUCCAACUAUCAAUUCUGAAGAAGGAUCUCUACUUGAAACGUCACCCAUUCCUUCUCUCCAGAGAUGCUGCCUGUCCUGCUGAGUUACUCCUGCAUUUUGUGUCCACCUGUCACUUGCCAGACUUUGUCCAGCCCCCAUUUCUCUUUUCCAGCUUCCCCCACCCUCUCCAAUCAGUGUGACGAAGGAUCCUGACUCAAAAUGUCGUCUGUCCAUUCCUUCUAAAGCAGUGGAGGAACUCAGUGGGUCAGGCCACAUCUGUGGAGGGAAUGGAAUCUAAGGCGACCACUCCCACCUCUCCUUUCCAACUUUCUCCACCCCCACACCACGCAGUCUGAAGAAGGGUCCUGACCUAGAAUGUUUUCUAUCCAUGCUCUCCAGAGGUACAAGUUACUCCAGGCGAUUGUGUCUCUUAUUGUAAACCUGCAUCUGCUGUUCCUUGUAUCUCGACUAGGCGUGCACCUCUCCCGACACUUGCACUCGGUCCGCCAAGGCCUGCUGGAUGCCAACCAUUUUAACUCUCCUUUCCUGAUCUUUCUGUCCUGGGCCUUCAAUGCCAGAGUGCCAACGCAAACUGAAGGAUCAGCACCUCAUAGUAGGUAUGUUACAAAACCUACCUGAAUCGUCAUUGGGAAUCUGCCCUCAGCCAUGUCCGCGAUUUUGGCGCUGUUUGGAGGGGGCGGGUUUAAAACGCGAUUUUUACUAGGCUGUACUAAUCGCAGAUGUUCAGCCUAGUAAAUCAUUAACGAAAAAUCGCUGCAAGACCCGGUCGCAAAAGGUAUUAUUAGUUUUAUAGGCCUCGAUAAUAUAGUUAUAAUAGUUUUUAAAUUACUCUCUGAUUCCGCAACCUCUCGCAGCCCCAGGGUUUUAUAAAGCAAACAAUUAAAGGUAUGUACCUUAUUUUUACAUUAAAUGGGGCAUAUAUAUAACCCUGUAAUUAAAGUUAUCUAUAGCGAGUAGUUCAUUUUGGGCUCUUUAUAUCCCGCAGUAUUUUUCUGGGCAUUUGAGGGCAGUAAUCCAGCGCGAUGCGAACGUUCUAAACCAGCGCGUUCACAGAAACCCACUAGAAAGCCGAUUUAAAUGGGCAUUUAUUUACAGCAAUUGAACACUAAAUUCCUUCCAUUUGGCCUAUAAAUUAAUGUAAAUUAGAUAUAAAAAUCAUGUUAUAUUGUGAAUUAUUUGUGAAUAAUCUUUGGACAUUUAGGCUAUUUAAAAAUGUUA